GAGGCCGUGUGCGCGUCGGGCUCCGGUGACCGUUGGCCUCUCCGCCAGGGCCCUAGCAGAGCUCUCCUCACCACCCCUCUCCUCCCCUCCCCGGCUCUGGUCCCAACAGCCCAGCGUAGAGCCGGGGAGGGGGGGAGGAGCCUUCCAGCGUGACACCCCCAGGGCCUCCAGCUCUUCGCUAGUCGGCCCGCCCCGAGGGGCGUGAGGAGGGGGCGGGGCUGCGGACCUCGGACUCGGGUCCAUGCACCGCCUCCUGCCUAUGGCCCUAGCCCGCAGGCUGGUCAGGCGGUGAGGGAGCCAUGUCGGCGCUGCUUGGGCUCCGGCCCGAGGUGCAGGACACCUGCACCUCGCUGGGACUGAUGCUGUCGCUGGUGCUGUUCAUGGGGCUGGCCCGCGUGAUCGUCCGGCAGCAGCUGCACAGCCCCACGGCCCACGCCUUCGUCUUGGAGUUUCUAGCCACCUUCCAGCUCUGCUGCUGCACCCACGAGCUGCAACUGCUGAGCGAGCAGGACCCCGCGCACGCCACCUGGACGCUGACGCUAAUCUACUUCUUCUCGUUGGUGCAUGGCCUGACUCUGGUGGGCACCUCCAGCAACCCGUGCGGCGUGAUGAUGCAGAUGAUGCUGGGGGGAAUGUCCCCCGAGAUGGGUGCGAUGAGGCUGCUGGCUCAGCUGGUUAGUGCCCUAUGCAGCAGGUACUGCGUAGGCGCUCUGUGGAGCUUGAGUCUAACCAAGUAUCACGUCAGUGAGAGGAACUUCGCUUGCAAGAAUCCCAUCCAAGUCGACUUGCCCAAAGCGGUAAUCACAGAAGCCGUCUGCUCCUUUAUCUUCCACAGCGCUCUGCUGCACUUCCAGGAAGUCCGAACCAAGCUUCGUAUCCACCUGCUGGCUGCACUCAUCACCUUUUUGGUCUAUGCAGGAGGAAGUCUAACAGGAGCUGUAUUUAAUCCAGCUUUGGCACUUUCACUACAUUUCAUGUGUUUUGAUGAAGCAUUCCCUCAAUUUUUUAUAGUAUACUGGCUGGCUCCUUCUUUAGGUAUAUUGUUGAUGAUUCUGAUGUUCAGCUUUUUCCUUCCAUGGCUGCAUAACAACCAUAUAAUUAAUAAAAAGGAAUAACUUCCAAAAGACUAUAAGAUACAGGACAGUCAAGCUGGAUGUGACAAUAUUACCUCAUAUUCCAAAAACUGCACUGGAUUCAUCAAUGUUAACUUCCUUGGAGGAAGCUGCCUUAUAGUUUUCAUCACUGAGACUUAAAAAAAUUACUGUGAAAAUGAGGUAUUCUGUAUUUCUCAGUUAACACUGGUUCUUUUGAGUGAUGUAUUAAAUGCUGCUGGAAAAGACUAAUUACAUUAAACAUAAAUC